AUGCCGGAGCCAGAAGCCCUGAAAUACGUCGUUGAACACACUUCGAUUCCUGUCCCCAAAGUCUUCAACACCCAUUAUUACGAUGAUAGGCUCUAUAUUGAAAUGGAGUAUAUCCGUGGAGCGAGUCUCGAAAAAGCAUGGCACCGCGGUUACCUAUCGCCAGAUCAGAAGAAGCACAUUAUCGAUCAGGUCGCGGGCUACAUUAGCCAGCUUCGAAAACUAGAACCUCCCCAAGAAGGAAUAGUUGUAUCGGCGACUUUCGGCAAGGCCUUUGAUCAUCGAAUCGGAUGUUGGACUUUCGGGCCAUUUAUGAGCCAUGAAGGAUUCCACUCCUAUCUUCGAGCGGAUAUACCCAAGGAAGCAUUGGGUCCAGAGGUCGCCGAAUGCCACUCCCGUCACUACCGAAGCUGCUUUACUCAUGCAGAUCUCGCCCCUCGGAAUAUCAUGGUGGAUAAUGGCAAGGUCUCUGCCAUCGUUGAUUGGCAAUUUGGCCACUGGUACCCAGAAUAUUGGGAGUAUACCAAGGCACACUAUGGUCAAGUUGAUCGGCCAGAAUGGUAUAAUGGAUUGGAAAAUGCUUUGGAGAAGAGAUAUGAUGACGAGCUUAAAGCAGAACAAAUCCUUUGGAGGCGAUUGGAUGAUCCACAAAUUUUCUGGCAAGGAAGAGAGCAUCUGAUCCCGGGUCUUGGACAGUAUUGCCUCCCUCAUUAA